ACAACAAGACCAGGAAAUGAGUUUGAAAAACGAAGUCUGGUUUUGGCCGCUUGAUCUGGUCCAAUCCAAUAUAUAUAUUUGCGUAGUUUCAGAUGGCAUUUCGUACAUGCGUAUUUUGACCAAGAACUGCGUGGUUGGUAGCCUACACAAAAUGCGUGCAGGUUGGCAGGUCUGUAUAAGCGUGCGUCGGGAGCGCAGUACCGGUUUGUGUAGUUCCUAAGCGUACGAAACGUCCACAGCGUUGUACCUUGUACUUGUCGUGGGUCAAUCGUGCUGCUGAUAUUAUAUUUUAUGAGUCAUAUAUGUCAUGAGUACCGCAUACCAAUAGCUAACUGGUUCCCGACUUGUAACUAAAAAUAUCGCUUAUUCAAAAUCUCCCCAUUAAUUUUCCCCUUUGACAAAUUUCCGGGAAAACGAGGGGAGUGGCCCCUUUUUCCACUUUCACUUUCACAAGCUCUUCAAUCCGCCUAUUUAUGGAAUCAUUCGACAGUGGUAUGGUCUUCAGUUUAUCCGCAGCAGAUUGAUCCAGCACCUCUCUGACCAUGUCAUCGGCUGCAGGAGCCGGAGCUAGGUACACUGCGGACUGGAAGAGUCUUGAUUCGAGACCGCUGCCAACCUGGUUCGAUGAAGCCAAAUUUGGGAUUAUAAUUCAUUGGGGAGUUUACGCGGUGCCCGGAUUCGGCAGUGAAUGGUUUUGGUGGCACUGGCAAGGCGAUCCGAAACUGAGCCAUGUGGAAUUCAUGAAGAAAAACUACCCUCCAGGAUUCACUUACCAACAGUUUGCUCCUGACUUCCGUGCACAGUUUUUCGAUCCAGACCAAUGGGCUGAACUCUUCGAGGCUUCGGGUGCCAAGUAUGUGGUUCUAACGUCCAAGCACUAUGAUGGCUUCACAACGUGGGGCUCCCCACACUCCUGGAACUGGAACUCUGUGGACACGGGUCCUCACAGGGACCUGGUGGGGGACCUGGGAGUCGCUGUACGAAAAAGGUCCCUACGCUAUGGCAUAUAUAACUCCCUAUUUGAAUGGUUCCACCCUCUUUACCUGUCUGAUAAAAAAUCGGGCUUUAAAACACAGGAGUUUGUAUUCAGCAAGGUUCUACCAGAACUUCAUGAACUUGUUACCAGGUACAAGCCAGACCUGAUUUGGACAUAUGGGAACGUGGAAGCACCAGACUCUUAUUGGAAUUCCAGGGAGUUCCUGGCCUGGCUCUACAAUGACAGCCCUGUCAAGGAUUCGGUGGUAACCAAUGACGAUUGGGGGGCCGGCUGCAGCGGCAAUCACGGAGGGUACUACAGCUAUCAGCAUAGGUUCAGCUCGGGACAGCCGUCCAAACACAAGUGGGAGAAGCAGACCCUUGUGGACACCUUGUCCUGGGGCUAUCGGAGGAAUAUGAGGCUGAAUGAGCUGCGGGACCUGCCCAGUAUUAUACAGGACCUGGUUCACACUGUGGCCUACGGGGGAAACUUCCUGCUGAAUGUGGCCCCCACGGCAGAGGGGGCGAUCCCGCCGGUGUUCGAGGAGCGCUUGCGGGGUUUGGGCGACUGGCUGAAGGUCAAUGGGGAGGCGGUGUACGCUUCCCGGCCAUGGAGGGUGCAGAGUGAGAACUCCACCCAGACCGUGUGGUAUACCUCGAAGGGCUCCCAAGUUUACGCUUUCUUCCUUGUCCGACCGUCAGAAUCCUGGCUGAAGUUAGCCAAGCCAAUAACGUCGCCCUCUACAAAGGUGACGUUAUUGGGGUACUCUGGACAGCUGAGCUGGUCUGCCCUGAAGCCCAGUGGCCUGAAGGUGGAGCUGCCUCGCGAGCCUUUUGUGAACGGCCACGGGUGGACGCUGAGGCUCGAUGGCGUCAAGUGAAGCUCUUGUGCUUUAAAAAUUGAAUUUUAUAUCAAGUUUAAUCUACCAAGGUUUCCAUGAUAAGAAAAACAUGAAACAUCAAUUCACUUAAUCUGCUUCAUGCAAGUUAAUUCUAUUUUUCACUAUUUUUGUAUGUAUUUUUAUAACAAAGAAAUAAAAAUGUUUGAGUUACUGUGUUGCCUUGUUUGGUCUCAUCGAGAAAAAUCCCAAAUGCAUUUAGUCUUACACUGCAACAAAGAAAACAUUUUUAGAAACUCGUCUGAGGCAAACAUAAAAAAAUGGGUUUUAUUUUGCGCCAGAAGCUUAAAGUAGCUAAUUUUGUGGCUGUGUUUUCCUUAUGGAGCUCAGUUGAUGUUUUUCAUUGAAAAAAAUAUGCAGAUGUCGUUUAUGUAGACGAGCAGAAAUAAAGGGAUUCCAGA